UUAAAACUUKGUAAAAUAGUUGAUCUGUUACUCUAUGUUUCUUGUACAUUUCUAGGUMUUGAAGAAAUUGCAAAAGAAAAAGAGAAGUUAAAAAAGGAAGAAAACAUGCUUAUCAAAGAAGAAGAAUUUGAAACAGGAGAAAAAUUACGUUGUUUGGCUACAACUCUCUGUGAGCAAAAGGAAAAUCUGAAAGAAAAGGACAGCACUAACCUGUUUUUACAAAAGCCUGGGUCAUUUUCAAAAUUAAGCAAACUGUUAGAGGUAGCAAAAAUGCCGCCUGAGUCUGACACUACGUCUCCAAAACCCAACGGCAGCGCAUCAAAUGGCUGCACAUUAUCUUACCCAAGUAACUCAAAAAACUCUCUCUGCAGUCUGCAGCCCCCUGCACCACAAAACUCCAUCGAGAAGUCUGAUUCUAAUAAUCYUUUCAGUGCUAAUGCAGGUGGGACGGGAAGGUUGUACAGUUCUCCAGCGAUKGCAAAUGAUCAGCUGUUAAAGACUSUGGGUGAGAAGGGCAGGCAGUGGUUCAGCCUGGUCCCCCGCGUGCCCUGCGAUGACACCUCUGUCACCCAGCUGGACACAGCAGCUCCAGCUCCACUCACKCCUCACUCACACCCCCCAUCAAAGUCACCCUCCCCUGUUCCAUCUCCUCUGCUGGGCUCAGCCUCUGCACACAGUCCCAUGGGAUUAAGUCCUUUUGCAUUGUCACCACUGCAGGUGAAGACUGGACUACCUAUAAUGGGACUUCAGUUUUGUGGAUGGCCUACAGGAGUUCUUACUUCAAACGUUCCAUUUCCAUCUUCUGUACCUGCUCUUGGAUCAGGCUUGGGAUUGUCAGAAGUGAAUGGUAGCUCAUUCUUGGCAUCUGGUGUUCCUGCAAGUAAAAGUGAAUCACCAGCACUACAGRGUGAAAAAGUAGCUUCUGCCCCUUCUACAGCAGCUGAAGUAGCCAAGCCCGUAGAUUAUCCUAACCCAAAGCCUAUACCAGAAGAAAUGCAGUAUGGGUGGUGGAGGAUUACUGAUCCAGAGGACCUAAAAUCUUUGAUUAAAGUUCUGCAUCUCAGGGGAAUAAGAGAAAAGGCCUUACAAAAGCAAAUACAGAAACACAUGGAUUAUAUCACUCUGGUCUGCAUCAAAAACAAAGAUGUUGCAAUUAUUGAUAUCAAUGAAAAUGAAGAUAACCAAGUAACUCGGAAUGUUGUGGAAAACUGGUCAGUAGAAGAACAAGCUAUGGAGAUGGAUCUUGCUAUCCUUCAGCAGGUGGAAGAUCUAGAGAGGAGAGUUGCAUCAGCUAGUUUACAAGUUAAGGGUUGGCUGUGUCCUGAACCUGCAUCAGAGAGAGACGACUUGGUAUAUCGKGAACAUAAGUCAAUUGCUAGAUUGCACAAGAAGCACGAUGGAGAUUGUGCUGGAGGUGGAGAAGGCAGUGCCAGCUCUCUAGAGCGCAGGAGUGACAACCCUCUAGAUAUAGCUGUAACCAGGCUGGCUGACUUGGAGCGGAACAUAGAGCGAAGGUAUCUGAAGAGCCCCUUAAGUACCACCAUUCAGAUCAAACUGGAUAAUGUGGGCACAGUUACUGUCCCUGCUCCUGCACCAUCUAUUAGUGGUGAUGGUGACGGAACUGAAGAGGAUAUUGCUCCAGGGCUAAGGGUGUGGAGAAGGGCGCUGUCAGAAGCGCGCAGUGCUGCCCAGGUAGCUCUGUGCAUUCAGCAGUUACAGAAAUCAAUAGCAUGGGAAAAAUCCAUUAUGAAAGUUUACUGCCAGAUUUGUCGAAAGGGAGACAAUGAAGAGCUGCUGCUCCUCUGUGACGGGUGUGAUAAAGGCUGUCACACGUACUGCCACCGGCCCAAGAUCAGCAGCAUCCCGGAUGGGGACUGGUUCUGUCCCGCCUGCAUAGCCAAGGCAAGUGGUCAAACUCUAAAGAUAAAAAAACUUCAGAUUAAAGGGAAAAAAGGUAAUGAACAAAAGAGAAGCAGGAGAUUAGUGGGAGAAACAGAGGAUGAGGACUCGGCAACUACAAGCACUGCCUUAAAAAGAGGAAAAACAGACCCUAAAAAAAGAAAAAUUGAGGAAAAUGUGUCUGUAAGCCAGUUAAAGCAAGAAAAUUGCACUGCUGCUAAGAAACCUAAGAGAGAUGACUCCAAGGACCUGGCUAUAUGCAGCAUGAUUCUCUCAGAAUUGGAAACUCAUGAAGAUGCCUGGCCUUUCUUGCUUCCUGUAAACUUGAAACUUGUUCCGGGUUAUAAGAAAGUUAUUAAAAAACCUAUGGAUUUUUCUACCAUUAGAGACAAGCUAAGUAGUGGACAGUACCCUAAUCUUGAAGCAUUUUCACUGGAUGUCAGGCUUGUUUUUGACAACUGUGAAACUUUCAAUGAAGAUGAUUCUGACAUAGGCAGGGCUGGUCACAACAUGAGGAAGUAUUUUGAAAAAAAAUGGACAGAGAUUUUCAAAGUGAGCUGAAGCUACUAGACCUCCUUUUUUUUCUUUUCAUCAAAUGAGGACUGAUAAGACCAGCAAUGUGAACUGUAUUUACAUGGAAGUGCAAGGCACAUACAUAAAUAAUUUUUUCCUUUAAAAUGUCACCGAGUUGUGAUACUAGUUUUAAAGGCUUCACUCCUACAGCAGCCAUGGCCCCUUGGUUAUUGGUUUGUGUGUUUUAACAAACUAAUUUAGGUAGAACAGGGAAGCACACCCAAAGAAUUUCAAAGAAAGGGGUGUUAUAGUGCAAUAGCAAUUUAUCAAAACGCACUGAAUUUUCAACCACCAGAGCUCUACGGGAAAAUGGUUCUCUUUUCCCUUUCAAUAAAUAUCUAUUUUUCUUUUUUUUA